AUGUUGCACAUCGGUUCUGUUACCAAGUUGUGCAACUAUUACGCCGGAAGCUCAAUUUCAGGCACCCGAAAAACUCCGGAAACACUGGAGCAGUUGCUUGCCAGCAAUCUCAAGGUGUCGAUAGAAGACCUCGCCUAUAACCAUUAUUAUUUUAAGGUGAGAACAACGAUGUUGGAAUGUUUGGUGCAAUUUUAUGUUUCGUUACAGACAACUAAUAUAACCGUUGCUCAAGAAUUGUUCAAACAGAAAAUCGUUCCCAACAUGUUUGGGUUUAGUAAUGUAAGUAUGGGAAUAGCUUUGGUGAAACGUGGCGGAUAUGCCUUUCACUGUGAUACAACAUAUGGCAAUAAUUUAAUAUUGGAAACCUUUACCGAGCACGAAAUCUGCGAGCUGCAGCAGGUGGAGCUUUUUCCCAUGAGACCGAUUCACGUGAAUUUGCCAAAAGGUAGCCCGCUGAAGGAACCAUUUCGUGUGACAUUAAGAAGAUUUAUGGAAGUCGGUGUGAUUGAGUACUAUCAGAGGAAGUUGUUUAUACAAAGACCCACUUGCGUGAAGAAUAACAGAGCCUCGGUUCAGGUUUAUUUUGAAGACGUCAUUAUUUUGUAUUGGAUUUUAUUUGGAGGAUUAAUUGUUGGUUUUGCAGUUUUGGUAAUUGAAGUUAUCGAGUUUCGCAUAAAAGAAUAUUUUGAAAUGAAGGAAUUUGCGAAGAAUUAUAGAGGCUGGAUUGAAUAAUUGCUCAGAAAAAUGCUUUGUCAUUCUUAUUAGCUAUGAAGUUGCGAUUAACCCUGUACAACCCAACCCCACAAUUUAUUAUUUUUAAAAGGUAUUUACGAAGAAGUCUUUAAUAUUAAUAUUUGGGUUUGGUUGAUUUGUUACAUUCCAAUUUGGCAAUGUCCUGUUUAAGUAUAGGAGAUGUUGAAUAAAAAUUAAAAGAAGAAACAUAUAAAAU